AUGUCUACAACAGAGGCUGCUAUUGUCCCCGCAUCUGAGCGAAUUGCCCCUCGGAUCGUGAAGAGGCGCGGGACCACUCGAGAGCGCACGGGAUGUCUGACAUGCCGGCAGAGCCCCUCUAGUCGCCGCCAUUUUCUCCGCUAUUACACGCAGACGUUUGCUAUGAUCCUCACGAAAUUCUACUCCGGCGUUACUGAUAUCAUUUCCACAGUAUUCCUCCCCAUGGCUAUGCAUAGCCCCUCCCUCCUAACCUCGCUAAUCGCUUGGUCCUCUUCCCAUUUGUCAUUACGUGACCCGUCGUUCGAACAGGUCGCCAUACGGAAUCGAUGUGCCGCUCUACAUGACCUGCGAGAGGCUUUAGAUUCCAAGAAUACCAAUAUGGAAAUCACUCUUGCCAUGUCAUUGGUCUUGUGCUCGUUGGAGAGCAUAAUGGCCGAUAACGGUCAUGCUUGGUACCUCCAUCUCGUAGGAGCUGCUAGGAUCAUUGCCUCUAAUUUCAAUUCCCUUGAGGUACUCGAAGAGUCACAUCGGAUUUCGCAACGCAUGAUUCAAAAGUUUGAAGAUGCGUAUGCAGGCCGUUGGUUACUCCGCAACUUUGCAUAUCGCGAUAUUGUCAUGUCCGUUGCGCGGGAUCGAGCGCCCCUGCUUAGCUCUUAUCACUUUUUGCAGCUAGAUGAGCCUCGACUACCUGACUCGCAUUUUGGGCUUGCGUCAGAGAUUUUGGAGAUUCUUGCUCUCAUCAGCACACUUCGGGAGCAAGUAAAAUCUUUGCUUUUCGCAAAUGCAGCGGGGCGUGAAUCUGAUGUGGGUGAAAUUGAUGAUCCCCAGCCAUCUAUUCAGCUAUCCGAGUUGACGGACAAGUUUACUUCACUCGAGGCUGGCCUUAUGGACUGGGAGUGUCCUUUAUCUCCAGAUAUGUCCCUGCGGCUACUGGCUGAGUCUUAUCGCAGCUCAGCUCUGAUUCAUUUGUAUCGUGUCAUGCGCCAGGCCUUUCAGAAUAAGGCGAACGAGCUGUCAACGAAGAUAACCACCCAGGUUGCAGUGAUCGUGACUAGUGUCGAGCAGAUGCCAAUGCGCUGUCUUCCAGAGUGCACGCUGCUCUUCCCGCUCUUUUUAGCAGGAGGGAAGCUACGCAAGACUCACAUAUCAAGUCAAUUCGAAAACGGAUGCUUGAUAUGA